CGCCGCAUCUGGCCGCAGUCAGAGGCCAGUCUCGCACCAGUCUCGCGCCCUACCAGACACAAGCACCGUGCUGUCCCAGUGCUCGCCAAAUCACUGCCGCAUCGAGCUUCCUUUCGCGACCAUUGCCUGCCCUCCGAGCCCAGCAUAUAGACUUUCCUAGUUCCGCCGAUUGUCUUUCCCAGUGCCACCAUCUCAAUAUCGCCUUCGACUUUCUUUCACUGCUGCCCCGCCCUGCAUCUGCACGCCCCACCGCCAUUGAGCAGAUAUAACAUCCUCCUACCCUCCGUCUCCAGCACCAGUAAGCACAUGGCCUCUAACGGAACCUCUGUCUCACCUUUCCGAUCUCAAAAGAACGCCGCAAUGGCUGUCAACGACACCCCUGCCAACGGCCACGCCGAGCCCUCCACCAUCACCGCCGCCUCGAAGACCAACACCACGAAGAUCACAUCUCAGAAUGAUCCUCAAUCAUCCUUCGCUGUCAAGGUCGGCUUGGCCCAGAUGCUCAAGGGUGGCGUGAUCAUGGAUGUGGUCAACGCAGAGCAAGCACGCAUUGCUGAAGAGGCGGGUGCAUGUGCCGUCAUGGCCCUCGAGCGUGUGCCAGCAGAUAUUCGAAAGGACGGUGGCGUCGCUCGCAUGAGCGACCCACAAAUGAUCAAGGACAUCAUGAAUGCUGUCACUAUCCCUGUCAUGGCGAAGUCGAGAAUUGGUCACUUCGUGGAAUGUCAGAUUCUCCAAGCCAUUGGCGUGGACUACAUCGAUGAGUCCGAGGUGCUCACACCUGCCGAUCCAGUCAACCACAUCGACAAGAGCGUGUACAAUGUUCCAUUCGUGUGUGGAUGCAAGAACUUGGGUGAGGCCCUUCGAAGAAUAUCAGAGGGCGCUGCCAUGAUCCGGACAAAGGGCGAAGCAGGAACGGGAGAUGUCGUCGAGGCAGUGAGACACAUGCAAACUGUCAAUGCUGAGAUUGCAAAGGCCAGCUCAGCAUCUGAUGCUGAUCUUCGCAUGAUGGCACGAGAGCUGCAGUGCGACUACAACCUGCUCAAGCAGACAGCACAGCUCAAGAGACUGCCAGUCGUGAACUUUGCUGCAGGAGGUAUUGCUACGCCAGCCGACGCUGCCUUGAUGAUGCAAAUGGGUUGCGACGGUGUUUUCGUUGGAUCUGGUAUCUUCAAGUCAGGAGACGCAGCAAAGCGAGCAAAGGCUAUCGUGCAGGCCACCACACACUACAACGACCCAAAGGUACUCGCUGAGGUCAGCUCAGGUCUUGGUGAGGCCAUGGUGGGCAUCAACUGCGACAAGUUGCCAGAGACACAGAAGCUGGCAACCCGUGGAUGGUAAAGAUGCAACUCCGCAAAAAGAACCGAGAACAUGACUGUACGCAUAGCAGCGGGCGCUGGGGUAUGGGUAUCAUGAUUGCAAUAAAAAGAAAAGCGAGCGGGUUAGAGCACAUCUGGGCGUGUUAGAUUCUGUAUCGCGCCUCACCGCGCCUAGGGUAUCUCAUGCAAUCGAAACCGAAAUCUCCAGGCCUGCUUCGGCGAUCAACACCGUAUAUGCGUAGCUUUCACACUUCUGUCGUUCAAUACUUCCCGCUCUCGAUUUCAAACAAGCUCUUCCAGAAUCGA